CUUAAAACAAAAAUUAAAUCGCUCUAUUUUUGGUCUGUUCGGGGCCUAAUUCAAAGUGAAUUAAAACUGAAUUAAGAGAUAUGAUUGGUGUUGCUAAGUAGAAACACCAAUCAUAUCUCUUAAUUCCAUUUUAAUUCACUUUGAAUUAGUCGGUCUGUUCGGGGCCUUAUUUGAGCUGUUUUUUCGGCUGAGCGUUCAUAUAUUCGACGAAUGAAAAUUGAAAUAUAAAACGUGGCCAAUCAAUAUGCCGCACCCGUUACUUGUACUGGAAUGUAUCCUAUCAUGUCACAGUUCAUGUUAUCUCUCAUUAAUGAAAAGUCUUAGAAAAAAAUAGAAUGAAAGACCUAUUAGAUAUGAUCGACUGAUUAUAGUUGAAAGAAGCGUCUUUUUUUUUAUCCUAGUAGAAGUUUGUAUUAUUAAAAACAACAAGUCAAUUAUGAAAUGCAUAAAUAUUUAUUAUACUUUUUGGAAAAAAGCUAGAAUAAAAACAUCGGUUGCUGUCUAACUUGAAAAAUGCUGGAUUACAUAACAAAUAAAAAUUAGAAAAAAAGAUUUAAUAAAAAGCACAAAAUGAUUAUUUAGUAAUUUUAAUUUUUGAUUCAUUAGUUGUUAAUUGCACAGCUUUGCCUGAUUUUGAUCAAGAAUCAGCUCCUUUUGUAUCUUCAAUAUCAGGUCGUAAACGUUUCUUUUCUUCUGUUUAA